AUGCAAUUCAUUAAGGAACAUUCCAGCUUGCCAGUACCUCGAGUUUUUGCGUAUGAUUUCGACGAGAACAAUUCAGUGAGCGCCGCUUUCAUACUGAUGGAGGUGCUCCCCGGUACCGUUGCUAUGGACGCCCUAGGCGGCUACGAGGCCCAUCGUGGUGUGAUCCCUAAAGAAUACCGACAAAACUUCUACCGCUCCGUCGCAAAGUGUCAUUUGACUUCCUUACGACUCCCAAAGAUUGGGACGAUUGUCCGGAAUCACGAGGGUGGGUAUGAGUGUGGUCCCUUACCAGGAAUCGGCGGCCCGUUCGACACAGCAACCGCAUUCUUUAAUGCGUGGGCCGAUAGCGUUAAGUUUAAGUUGGAUAAAGAAACAAUCACACAGAUGAUGCAGAGAAGUCCAAUCCCGGCGGAACAGAUGGUAGCGAUUAUCGAGAACUUCCCAUCGCAGAUCAAAGCGAUAGCGAGCCGGCUGUCCUUAUGCAACGAAGGUCCAUUCCCUCUAGCUCAUGAUGACUUCCUCCAUAGUAAUAUCAUGGUGGAUGAGAACUUUGAUGUCACGGGAAUCAUCGAUUGGGAAGGUGCAUGUACAGUUCCCUAUGAGCUCGUCUCGUUCCCCGACUUUCUUACAGCUAUGCCCGUCUCUUUCGACCUGCCUCAAAAAUACGAUCAGGAUGGGCAGCCGUUUGAUGAGGAACUACGAGAAACGUGGCGCGAGCGAGGGGAGUAUAUCGAAAUGGUAAAAUCAGCUGAGCUUCAAGAUAGCCUGCUCUCGGCUUGCCUCAGCAGCAAGAGGAACCAGGCUAUAGCGUAUUCUUAUGGGGCGUAUACUAGUGUUGGGAAGCUUGGUCUCUAUGAUCGAGUUAUAAUGGAGUUAGAGACCGAGGAAUAA